CACCUCGGACGACGGGCUUCCGCUGUUUCCUGAAACAGAUGUGGAAACCCGACAAACGAAACAGUAUAUAAUCACGGUCGAAUCUGGCCGAGCAGAUCCCUCCCUCGCUCUGUGCAGAUCAGCUCCCCAAGCCCGCAGAUCAGAUCAGAUCAGACAGACAAUCAUCAUGGUUCGCUUCACCUCCCUCAUCGUCGCCGCUCUGACGGCCACGGGCGUCUUGUCCGCCCCGGCCCCCGAGACGGACAGCCUCGAGGUCCGCCAGCAGAGCGUCUCGCCCGGCCAGGGCUACCACAACGGCUUCUUCUACAGUUGGUGGACCGACUACGGCGCCCCGGCCACCUACCAGAACCUGGACGGCGGCAAGUACAGCAUCAGCUGGUCGUCGGGCGGCAACCUGGUCGGCGGAAAGGGCUGGAACCCAGGCCUGCGCGCGAGGGCCAUUGGCUACUCGGGCACCUACCAGCCCAACGGCAACUCCUACCUCGCCGUCUACGGCUGGAUGCGCAACCCCCUCGUCGAGUACUACAUUGUCGAGAACUUUGGCACCUACGACCCCAGCACGGGCGCGACCAUCCACGGCGAGGUGACCUGCGACGGGUCCACCUACAAGAUCGCCUCGACGUGGCGCUACAACGCGCCCAGCAUCGACGGCAACCGCGACUUUCAGCAGUACUGGUCCAUCCGCACCAGCAAGAGGACCGGCGGCACCGUCAACACGGGCUGCCACUUUGACGCCUGGGAGAGGGCGGGUCUGCCCUCCGGUCAGCACGACUACCAGAUUGUCGCCACCGAGGGCUACUACAGCAGCGGCUACUCGGAGAUCACCGUCAGCGAUGUUGGCAAGUAAGGUGACCUAAGCGGCUGCCCGUCUUGUGUCGGGUCGGGUGGGAGAAAAACAGCUAGCAAGCUUGGACGUAUGAGCAUAGGGCGAGGAAGGGGUCUGAUAUCAGCUACGUCAAUUCAUCACCCGAUACGAUGGACAUUCAGAUUCUCCACGUGACAUUUGUCUGCUAAGCUACGUAUAUG